AUGAAAACCGGGAGGGAAAAGGGCGACAGCCGCGCUACCGGGGCGUGUCGCACCAGAUCUCCAUGUCACCGCAACAAUGGAACCAUCAGCGGGGACGAUGGUGUGAUUGCGGAAGGUUCCAUGGUUGGUGACGCAGGGAGGGUGAUCUCACAGCCACGGGGACAGGAUCUUCAGGAGAGCCGAUGUGUGGAUUUCUUUGGUGCUGGUGUAUCUGGCCAGAAAGGGCCACCGCCAAUCUCUCGGAUAGGCAACGGAUUCCUCGAGGCGUUGCCACGCGAGCCAAUCGCGGUGGCGCGGCACUCGGAUGGCGACACUAGAUUGGUGCUUAGUCUGAUCAAUGGUGUCGCUGAACUUAUCUUAUUAGCGAGUUUAUACCGGGGUUCGAGGCUGCUGACUAACGGGGAUGCGUCAGCAGCGUCGCCACGAUGUCUGAUUGGGUGUGGGAUUGAGCACGCGAUACAUUGGGGGUUCCAAAGAACAGGCGGGUUUCACUACAGCCAGCCGGACAUGCGAUCUGUCCUCAGGCGGGAUGGAACACAGACUGGCUGUUUGUGA